UUUGAAUUCAGCUAUGGGGAGUGUCUGUGAAGCCAGCUGCUGGCUUGUGAACUUUUAUUCUUCUAUUCUUUUUGCUUGAUAACUCAUUAAUGAAACCUCCUGGAUAUGGAGAAAUAAAACAGAAUCAGUUUUCUCUUCAUGCUUUUCUUCUGUGUUGUUUUUUUUUUCUGUGCAUGUGGUAGAAAAAGAACAGAGUGAAAGAAGCAGCGCUUCUUUUUCCAUAAGGACUAUAUUUAUAUGCCUGAAGUUAACUGAAUUAAUUCUGGCAUCCAAGAUGGAUCUCAAGUGUGCUCUGGAAGAAUGUUCAAUGGCACUGAACUUAUUUCUAAACAAUAAGUUCUCUGAAGCCCUGGAACUGCUCCGUCCAUGGUCUAAAGAUAGUAUGUACCAUGCCCUUGGAUACAGCACUAUUUUAGUUAUGCAAGCUGCUAUGACCUUUGAACAGCAGGAUAUACAAGUGGGAAUCUCUACAAUGAAAGAAGCUUUGCAAACCUGCCAAAGAUUCCGUAAAAGAAGCACAGUGGUGGAAUCCUUGUCCAAUCUAGUUUCUAAACAGUCAGUGGAUCAAUUGAGUGAAGAGGAGAUGCAUGCUGAAAUCUGCUAUGCUGAAUGCUUACUACAGAAAGCAGCUCUCACCUUUGUACAGGAUGAAAAUAUGAUCAACUUUAUCAAAGGUGGCCUCAAAAUCAGGACAAGUUACCAAAUAUACAAAGAAUGUCAUCAGGUGCUACAGAUGACUCAGGGGAACAAAAGCAAAAUUGACACUUAUUACCAGUUUGAAGGAGGAGUAAAACUUGGAAUUGGAGCAUUCAACUUGAUGCUGUCACUUUUACCAGGAAGGAUCCUUCGACUUUUAGAAUUUAUUGGAUUUUCUGGCAAUAGGGAGUUGGGCCUCUGUCAACUACGGGAAGGCGCAUCUGGCAGCAGUUUGAGGGCCAUUCUGUGUACUUUCACCCUGUUGGUUUAUCAUACUUACGUCUCCUUAAUCCUUGGUACUGGGGAAGCCAAUCUUCAGGAAGCGGAUAGUCUCCUGGAACCCUAUCUCCAGAAGUUUCCAAAUGGUUCCAUUAUUCUGUUUUAUGCUGCCAGAAUAGAUAUACUGAAAGGAAAUUUUGAAAAGGCGCAGUUGAGGUUCCAAGAAUGUAUAGCAGCCCAGCAAGAGUGGAAGCAGAUUCAUCAUCUCUGUUACUGGGAACUGAUGUGGUGCCACACCUUCCAGCAGAACUGGCUUCAAGCAUAUCGGUAUGCAGACCAGCUCAGCAAAGAGAGCAGGUGGUCUAAGGCAAUAUAUGUGUUCCAGAAAGCAGCAAUUCUGUGUAUGCUUCCAGAGGAUGAUUUGAAAAGGACUGGUGAGGACAUUAUAUCUUUAUUCAGGCAGGUGGAAGGUCUAAAACAGAGAAUUGCAGGAAAAUCUAUCCCAACUGAGAAGUUUGCAGUAAGGAAAGCUCGACGCUAUGCAAGUCCUCAACCAGUGAAGCUGAUAUUACCUGCCUUGGAAAUGAUGUAUGUCUGGAAUGGCUUUGCAAUUGUGGGCAAAAGAGCAGACCUCACUGAAAGCUUACUGGUAACAAUUGAAAAAGAAGAAAUGGCUCUACAAAAUGAAACUAAUCACAAUGAAUACUAUACAGAUGAUGCGUGCAUGUUGCAGUUACUGAAGGGCCUUUGCCUGAAACACUUGGGAAGACUCAUGCAAGCUGAACUGUGUUUCAGUAAAGUAAUUCAAAGUGAGAAGCACAUAAAAUAUGAUACUUAUUUGGUGCCAUUCACCCUAUAUGAAUUGGGUCUUCUGUACAAACAACAGGAUGUGAGAGAAAAAGCAGUAAGAUACAUAGAAACUGCAAAAAACAACUACAAAGAAUACUCUAUGGAGUCCAGGUUGCACUUCAGAAUUCAUGCAGCACUUGACAGUUUGAAGGUGUCGCCAGCUUCAACACCUUGAAUGAGGAGGGAUGCUUUUCAUGCAUACAAUGCAUACAGUAGCCUACACAAUCUCUUAGCAAUCAUUUUUUUAAUAAUGGAAAAUAUACAACCUAGUGAUUGUUUUCUUUCAUCUCUGAUUUGAUGUAUUUCAUUCCUCUAGACUGUUCUUUAUCUGUAUAGCAUAUAUGCUAUAUAUACUUGAGACUUUAAAAAGACCUUAUAUUUUGUUUGAUAAAUAUAAUUUAAUAUUUCACUUUGAAUGGGGGAUAUUAAAAAAAGUUGAUGGUGCAAUAAAGUUUAAUGCAAACAUUUUAUUUUUUUUAUAUGAAAACAGAUGCUGUUUUUGCAGUGGAACUGGUGAUAAUUUCUGCAUUUUGUGACAGUUUGAGUUUCUGUAGUGUGCUUGCUCUGGAACAAAAAUGAAAUGCCUGCAGAUAACCUUUACUCACAUUUGGAGUACCAUGUUCUGAAAUUUGUGUUCCAGGGAUAAAAAAUUAUCAUCUUAAUUUCAUUUUGGGAACAAAGUGAACCUUCCUGAAGUGCAAUUUUUUUACAGUAAGAUAAAGUUAAGCAGGGCUACAGGUAUAAUCUCUUUGCAAGUCUGUUUCACUCAAAAUUAAGUGGUUACAGGGUGUAUUUUUCGGUCAUAGAAAAGCAGGGAGGGCUAGUAGGGACAUCCAGAGAUUAUGUAUUCUGCAUUCUUGCCCUAAAGCUGAAUCAACAGUUUUAUGUUUUUCCUGACAGAUACUUGUUUAACCUGGCUUUAAAAAAAAAAAGCCGGUGAGAGAGAUUUUGUGACUUAACACAGGAUGUCUGUCCGGGUGGGAAAUGACAAUUUUUUUCCCUAUUUCUACCCCAUAUGAUUCUUGGCACAACUGAAACUGAUUGCUUCCCAUCCCCCGAGUCAUGGAUCUGGAAAAAGGAUUGUUAUUCUCCUUUUUUUAGAAGCAGUCUUCUAAUAUUUGAAGACUGAUUCCUUGUUGGUAUUCUCUGUUCUUGGAUUCCAAACAAAAGAAAUAAAAAUUUGCAGAAUGUAUUUAUUUUCCUAAUGAUAGGAAUAACUCUUAUUAAUCCAAGUUUUGUGCAUUCAAAAAUGAAUCCACUUUUGAACUUGGAGUUAAGUAAAUGCAAAUAUUCUAAUCAGAACUUUUUACUUUCUACCAAAAAUGUGUAGUUAAGAUGCAUUUAUAAGUGCACGUAGUUUUCUUUUUACGUGAACAGUAGCAUCAAAUUGAGUUUCCCAGUUCAUCAUAGUUGCAUUCUGGUAGCUGUCUGUUCUUAAAAAUAACUCUCAUUAAUUAUUGCAAAACUUGUCCAUUUCCACAUUUUAUUAAUGCUAGUAUAUUUACCUGUGCAUGGUAAAUUAAUACUAUGUUCCUAUGUGUGUUUCUCUGCCCUUACCUUCCAUCCAACAAAACAGAACUAGAGAAGAAGGUAAAAUGUGUGUUCAGUAAAUAAGUAACUGAAAAGUUUCUAAUUAAACAGUCAGUAUAAUGAAAAUUCUAUCAUUAGUCAUUAUUCUCAGGUGGCCAAGAGCACAGCUUUCUUUUAUGACUUUAUAAAUACUUGAGUCAUUUAAUUGCAUAUAAAUCUGCAAUACACUGUGAGUGUAAUACUUACAGGGGAAGUAAGAGUUUAAAAAUAUUAGCUAAAUAAAUACAAUGGGUCUUUCAAAGUGGAAACCUGAUCCAAAGUCUGUCGUCUUCGGUAGUUUCGAUUUGUGCCUGUUGUAAAUGUGCAACUAAAUUAUUAUGUAAAAAAUAUACACCUGUAGGUUUGACGGCUAGAUACCUGAGACACUGAAUCACUGAUAAAUUGCGUCAUGCUGAUCUUAUAAUAUAUCCUCUUGACUGAGUUAAAGUCAAAAACUUAAUUGUGUCUGUCAACAGAAAUUAGCAUAUGCUACCAACUGACUGGUCUAAUUACUUGCCCAUUUAUACAUACCUGAAUAUAAACUGUAGGGAGCAAAUACAAAAUUCUGUACAUCUCAUUUUCAAACAAUACUUUUAAUACCUCUCUGCAUGUUUACAUGUUCAGUUUAGGAUUAUUUUGGUUUAAUCUGAUUACUAGAUUGUAGCAAUCAAAUGGGACCACAUUAUUUUCUCACAAAAGGUGAUGAAAACAAUUGCUAGUAUAACUUCUCAUUUUUGUUUCAAAUGGUAAUUCACUCUGGAGAAGAGUUAAAACUGGGACUACAGAUUCUCAGGAAGGAGCAUGAAGUAGUCUCUGAUCUCCUGUUUUUGUGGAAAGUGUCUUACCAUUAGUAUUUUAUGUGUGAUUUGGAAAAGAAAUCAAAAUUAACAAGAAGUAAGCAAUGACCUUCCUUAGUAGCUGAUUUAUUGAAGUUUUAGUACCAAGUGUCAUGUAGCAGUGUACUUUCUUCAUGGAUAAUUAUACUGACUGCAGAGAGGGUAAAGGAGAACUCUGUUUUCUUUAGUUCAGCCUUCCAAAAUCAAUAUUAACGCCCUGUAUAUUUUACACUUUGUCUCUGUUGGGAUCUGCCUUUCUGCACUCAUGCAGAGAACCAGCAUAUCAACACGUAUUUGCGAUAUGCUCUGUAGUGUUUUGAGGCCCUGAGGUCCCCAGUGUAAGUACUAUUUACAGCUUGUUUUCUUUUCUGUGCAGCUGUACCAAACUCAUUUGUUAGAAAGUCUGAUUGAUCAAGAUUCUUAGCUUUGCUCUGGGCUUUUUUCCAGUUUAAUAACAGUGGAAAUAUAAAUGUGUGGGAGUGAUUGUAACUCUUCACUUAAGGCAGGUCUCAGUAGUGCUGUAGACAUGCUUUGUCUUCCAAAUGCUGCUGAAAAAGCGUGUGUCUCCCUGACACAACGUGUUGUUGAUGCGGUAUUAUUUAGCACGUAAGUGAUAUAUGGCUAAGAGACUGGGCAGUAAGUCCGUGGCUGCUUUUUUUUCUUAUUCUUUUUUGCCUGAUGCAUACUAUACUGGGCCUUAAAUGCAACUCUGAUUUAGUCUAUGUUGCUAAAACCUCUAUUGAUGAUAGUAGGAAUUAUAAUAUAUAUAAGAGCAAAACUAAGUCCUUAGUUUAAGCAAGCAAGGCUAAACUUAAAUAAUGUAUGUUAUGGCAAAAGAUCAUUCUGAUCUUUCUGAUAAUAGAUGCAUAUUUUUUUAAGGUGAGAAGUAAUAAAAUAGCCUAGUUUAUAAGACAAAGCUUCUCUUUGAUUAAGAAUUGCCUACUUAGAAAAUAUUACAAAAAACUUCCUGUCUAUGUGUAUCAUUCAAAUGUUUAGUCUGUUGGUGAAAGAUUGUUUUAUUGUGGUUUUGAAGUCCUAGCUCACUGCUUGUUAACAAAGGCUGAAAGAUAAUACAUGUUAAAAGAAAGCGCAUUAAAGAUUGUUUUGUAUGUGUUCUAGUAUACAUGGAUAGUGUCUGUAUUUAGCACCUUACAAUCAGAAAAAAAUACAAUGAUCAGAUCCUCGUUAUGUUUCUAAAACACAUUGCUAACUUACAUAUAAAUGAAAUAAUUUCUUGUAACAAAUCCUACUUGGACUUUGCCAUUGUUUUAUAAUCUGAUGUUUAAUGUCCUUUUAUUUCUCUGUGUUCUUAUUCUGCAUAGUUCAACAAAGUAUGUUUAUAUUUGAACUGGUGGUGCAGUUUAUUUGCUUCUAAACUACUGAGGUUUGCACAUGGUCAUAUUUGGUACUUAAGUAAGACCAAGGUCAGAAUAAUGGAAGAAGAGGGGUGAUGAAAUACAUUCUGGUUUUAAGAACCUGUAGAAAUGUUCAUGUUGAUGCAUUGGAAUGGAAUAUCACUUCAAUGGAAUAAAUCACUUUUUAUGCUUGU